AUCUGACCUCUGCUCUUGUUUCCUGGCAUGUGGCCAAGCCUGCAUGCUCCUUGCACCUAUUUCCACAAAGGAGAGGAUGCAGCUCCUCUCUCCUGCUGAUGCCUAUUUAUACUGAUAUUGUAAGCCUUGUACAAUAGUUCAAUGAGCAUAACAGUUGGCACCGUUUACGCAGUGAUACUGAUGUGAUAAUUGUGGCAUCUGUGAUUGGGAGGUGAAUAAUUCUGGCAGCCUUGGUAAGAUGUGUAUCUGUGAGCAUGUGUGGGUGUUUGUAUGCCUGUAGGUGUGCCAGGCCCCCACCAUAGGUACCCACAGAGAUCUCCGGACUGAAAUAUUCAUUCUUGUUUGCUCGCCCAGACAGUGUGGUCCUAAUUGCAGCAUCAGAAAGCUCCACCUCUCCCUCUCGUCUGGCUUGGCUGCAGCGGAGACAAACCUCAUCUGGGAGCCUGUAGUCUGUGUGAAGCUCUGGAGUUUUUCAUCAGUUCCCGUGCCAACCCAACCCGUGCCUGGCCAAGCUGAACCAUCUUGUGGGAUUUUUGGCUUUUAAUUAUAUGAUUAUCCCGUCAUGCCCUGUGUCGUGUUGUUCCAACACAUUCCAGAUGGAUAUGGGUUCCCUGGCAUCCGACGAUACAAAGCAAACAAGCCGAGGAGCCCCCUGCAGCCACCUCACUCCUCCUCCACCUCUCCUCGCUCUCCUCCUUUGCCCAUGCCGAAGCUCAACUCUGCCCUGAGGCCAAAUCCACUUCUCUUCACCAUCCAAAUCCCUCUGCCAUAUCCAAGCACUUGCCUCAUUCACUCCAGCUGCACAGGUUGUGAGAGAGGGGGGGAACAAGUGGAGAACAUUAGCGACAGCCGGUGAGGGGGAAAAAAGAGAAGAUCUGUUCUGUUUAUUGUGUCAAGGAGUGAAGAAAGAGAGAGAAAAGUCUUAUCAGGAGUGGGAGGUUCCUCCAGGGAGGAUCUUCAGCUACAAACUCUCCCUUUUGCUGGGAGUGUGUACCCCCAGGAUCCUAGAGCCAUGGAGCCCUCUGUGUCGACCGAGGUCGAGGGGGAGCCCAAGGAGAGGAAGAAGAUCCAGUUUGCAGUGCCGGCCUCCGCACCCACCAACUUGGAUCCCCGGCAAGUGGAGAUGAUCCGGCGCAGGAGGCCCACACCUGCCACCCUGUUCAGAGUAGCUGACCAGUCAUCUCCUGAGGAUGAUCAGUCCACCCAUCAGGUAAAGUGGGUCGUAGGAGAAAACGGAGUGCUCAAGCCCAAACGUGUCAAUCCAAAUGUAUACCAACCCCCAUCACUCAAAGCUGUGCAGAAGAUGGCUGAAGCACAUAUGCAGAACCUAGGUGUCUACCCCCCCUUGGAAGACCCUUUUGAGGCGGAUGAGGACGAAGACAACUGGCAGAGGCAGGAGGGAGAGGACACGUUUCCCGCCAAGGCUGCUGAUCAACAGGAGACAGCGGGCACUGAGCACUCAGACAAGUUUUCCAGCGUGAGCGAGACGGCCCAGCAGACCCCGGCAGCACAGGAGGAAGAGGAGGGGGGAGACAAAAUCAAAGAAACCACAGAGGAGAACAGUCGGGGGAGUAACUAAGAGAAGGAGAGAUAGAGAUAGAGAUAGAGAGAGAGUGAGGGCGUUUAAUGAAAGGGUUAAAAUCUGAAGCAUUCAGAAACAGACGAGCAGUGAGGGUUGAGUUUGUCAGCAUGUAGAGACUUGAUGAAUGAUACUUCCAUGAAUCCAACAUGUGAGUCAGCUAAGAUUUCAGAAGGACGGAGGGCCAGUGAGAGUAUUAGGAUGGGCCCUUAUGAGCAGGUGGGGACUGAUGUACUGACAGAGCAGACAGACGCUACUUUGGCCCUCGUGUCCCUUUGUUAAUAAUGAGAGUGGACGAGUCAAGGUCAACAUGAGCAAACACCCUGUAAGACCACUCCUCCCUCUACCUUCAUGCUUCUGCACACAUCGUACAGUUCCUUUAAGGGGAGCACAAGAAACACAAAGUACACGCACACUCACUGGGCUCAUUAGUAAAGAAGAAUGUCUAAUAUAAACCUUUUUUAAAACACCCAAAAGUCUGUAAAAAUGUACUUCUAACUUUGUCUUUAAACGUCCACCAACUUCACUGAUCUGGUUUUAGAAGAACUCAGUAUAUGGCCCUUUAAGUAAAUGUGCAUCUGCUGCCAUCUUGUGGUGAAAGUGAUACUCCAACCUGACCUUUUGUCAAGAUCUGAAAGUUUAUACUCAGUUCUUUUCAGGAGUUUAAACCCAGUUUUAUUGCUUUUAGUAAUUUAAUGAUCAGGUUAUGUGUCUGUGAACAGGUAUUGUGAUGUCCACUAUUUUCCUAUGGGAUUUAUUGAAGUAGCUAAGCAAUAGGUCCUCACUGGAAAUUAGGUAGUGUGCAAUCCUGGAAAGGUUUCUAUAAAACUGUUAUAAAUGUCGUCAGACUGUACCAGCGCGAUACUGUAUGUCAACCAGAACUCUAUGAAUCAUAACUUGCAGUGGCUCUCUGCUGCCCUAGCCUCAUGCACCACUACCACCUCAUUAAUGUGUGAUCCAAAUUACGUAAACCUCUUAAAUCAAAUCUAUUCUAAUGAAAAAUGUUGCAGUUUGGACCUUAGAUGGAACAAAACAUAUGAGACUUAGUAAUGACAGGAAAAAACAGUCAUGUUAGAAAGCGAGUCAUUGCAGAAGUCCUGGAAGACAAUGCAAGCAUUUCAUUUGCAUUACAUGUAAAAAGAAGAAGAGCUUGUUAAAUGAACACAUUAUCAUGGGAAAAACACCCCAAAACAAAGACUGUCACAGUGAGACACUGUCUCUGUCAGAAUGUAGUGCCAUAAUUUACAACUUUUUUCCAGUUCUGAUUUUUUUUUUUCAAUUUAAUUUUAUUCACAAGCAAAGUCUAGCAUUAACAUUCAUGAAAUAACUACAAAGCAAACAUUAAAGACUAAACAUUUUAAUAGCAAAGCUAGCUUUAGCAAUGUGAGCUUUCCCAAAGUAGCUAAAGCUUAUCUUGCUAUUCAGAUAACGUAGCUUAUGUAGCUAACAUCAGCUUCAUAGCUCCGUUUGCAUCGAUAUCCAUGAGCUUCGUGAGUUUCAGCUGUAACUACAUUCUCCGCUUAGCUAACACAGCUUGUGGCGCUACAUUAGCCAUGUUUGCUACUUUAGUAUGUUUUCAUGGCGGACGUGAGACCGUUUACUCAGCUUCAUUAAAUGUUUUGUAAUAAGGUUCUGCAAGUCCGAUUUUUAACUUUUAACUUUUGGCAUCCUAACCCUUACCUUAACUCUUACCCUAACUUAACCGAAAGUUUCUGAUUUCAUUUUGAAAGUUUUAGCAUGUUUUUCAAUAUCAGAGAUUAGAGUAGAUGUGGUGUCACAGUAAUGGUCUGUAAGAGGAGGUGUCUGGGAGCUAUGGACUCCAGCCAGACCCCUCUCCUGAAAACAACUCCACAACCAACUAUUUGGGUCUUGGAGCUUGAGUUUUGAAACUGGCUAACUGUGGUUAUUUUAAGCAAAGUUAAACUGAUAUAAUACAAUGUGAAUCUGUAUUAAAGAAUAUAUCAGGGAUAAUAUAUUAUCCCUUUAAAAGCAUGCUUGAACUAAAAAAGAAAAGGUAAACACAUAUAAAUAUACACAUAUACAACAAUAAACAAUUAAACAAUACAAAGAUGAUGGGAAAAUAUGUUUAAUGCUUGUGUUAAUUGAUAAAGGAUUAUUAACACUCCCCAUUGCACAGUGAGUGAAUCAACUGGCAGGUAAGUCCCACAACCGGGGAAGAAUAUAAACCAAGGCUUGAAUCUCACCACUGCCAAGAAAUCCUCACAAACUCUAAGAAACAUUUCUGGGGCGCAGACGGCCUAAAAGUUAGGUCACGCUACAUGCACACAAAUUCAAGGUUCAAGUCCGGCCUGUGACUCCUUUCCUGCAUGUCUCUCCUCCUCUCUUUCAUCCCAGCUACCAAUUCAAUCCACCGUCGUCCUUUAUCAGUAAAGGCAUAAAACGCCAGAAUAUAAAUCUUGUACAAAGAAGGAUUAUCAAGGAUGCACUGUUGCAUUGGUUUAACAUCAGUAUGGCCUUGUUAACAAACACCGGCCAUAAGCAAACUGGCAUUGAAAACAGGAUUUAGCAACUGGCUUGUAAUACCCACAACCAGGGAAGAAUAUGAAAUGAGUUUCAAAUCUCACCACUCACGAACUUUAAGAAACACUUCUGGGGUGCAGAUGGCCUUUAGGUUAGGUCCCAACCAAUGGUUUAACAUCAGUGUCAACCCAUAUCGGCCUUUUUUACAAACAUUGGCCAUCAGUAAACUGGCAUCAAAAACAUAGUUAAACAACUGGCAGGUAAUACCCACAACCGGGGAAGGAAAUGAACCAAGGUUCUGACUUACAUAAGGCAAAGUCAUACCUGUUGUCAUGGUCAGGCAUGAGAUAUGAUGCCACAAUGGGGUUUAUACACCAAAGAAGUGACGAAAACAUUUGUAUAGUGUUAUCAAUCAGCUAAAUUAUUAUAUUACACAUCAGCACUAGCUCUAAUUUUCACAACUGAUGCCUCUCUAAGGACUUUAUCAGUUAUUUUUCAUAUUAAGAAGAAACACCAGAAAGAUCUUGGUUGGAGUAUCUCUUUAUUCAUGACUCAGUAAUGAAGACCAACACAUUUGUCUGUCAUGGCCUAAAGGGAGCAGAUAUGAAUGUGUAUGUGGUCAUUUCAUACCACAGUUUUCAUAUAAAUUUAAUCUCUAAAGGGCAAAGCUACCUCUUAUUUGUUUGUCUAAAAUAAAACACCCAGAAAUGGCCUCCAUGAUCGCACAUCUGAGCUCAACUCAUUUUGAACUGACAGGAAUCAUAAGAGUAUAAUGUUCAGUCUUUUCCAAUACUGUUGACUCGUUUUGGAUUUUCAGUGCUCACAGAUCUCCUUUUGUAUGUUAACACUUUUCUAUUGUUAUCUUUUUAAUUGUUGUCUCAUGAUUCAAAUGUCAUGAUCUGUCGUGAGAGCUAUUUUUCUAAUCAAACGAGCUGUGUUUGACAUACUCUAGGAUGUCUUCAAACAUACAAGCACACAGCCUAAAACCAGACUCCACUGUGUGAAUGAUGUUUCAGCUAAACAGUCGAACUGUCUGUUUUGUCUUUUUACCACUGAAAUACUUUGUCUUACUCUUUGUGGCAUUAUAAACAAUUUGUAAAUGUUUUAGUUUGAUCUGAUUAGCUUAAAAUAUAACUGAAGAUAGAGGAUCUGAUGCCACAAGAUUAAUAAAUUCUGCUGUUUGUA